AUGAACGAGCAGCAGCAUAACCUGAUGGGCGCCGCACCGCAAGCCUCAACAAGCGGAUUUUCGCCAGCUAUGAAGAAAGAAGAUACAGAAUUGGCAACAAUUUCCAUUGGUAGCAGAAUCCCAGAAUUUUGGAAGGAUAACCCUCGCCUGUGGUUUUAUCAAGUCGAGGCAAUUCUAGCUCCACAAAAGACAUCGGAUGCGAAUAAAUAUUUUAUGUGCGUCGCGAAGCUGAACAGGGACGCCAUUCAGCAAGUUGCAGACAUCUUGGCAAAUCCGCCGCAGCAGAAUAAAUAUGAAGCGCUGAAAAAUCGACUACUGCAAAUUUAUGAAGAAUCGGAGGCGCGGCAAGUAAGAAAAUUAAUUUCCGAAAUCGAGCUUGGUGACCAGAAACCGAGUCAGCUGCUUAGAAGAAUGAAGGAAUUAGCUAGAGGAAAAAUCGAAGACGAGACCCUGAAGAUUUUGUGGCAAGGUCACUUACCUUCUUCGGUCCAAGCGGUCCUAGCAGUGACGUCCACUAGUAAUCUAGAAGAAUUAGCAGGAAUAGCAGAUAAAAUCAUGGACACUCACCAGCCCUGUAAUAUCGGCGAAGUAGCAAGUGGUCCUUCGAGCCGGAGUCUGUACUUUGAACCCUGUUUGUAA